CCUGGAGGUCAGGAGGACUUUGGAAAUGCUCUUAGCUCAGAAGAACAUUGAACACAUAAUGAGAUGUUAAGGAUGAUUGGCAGCACGAGUGGUAACGUCCUAGUUGGCCUGACUCUAAGAGGAUGCCCCCUGGUUUAAUCCUAGCUGCCUUCCUCCUCUUGGCAACAUCCAGUGCACAUCCUAUUGGUCAACCGUGCUUAUAUUCCGUCCUCCAGUCUGCUAGUCUGCAAGUGAACUGCAGUUCUUCAGGCCUCGUGGAGCUGCCUCCUCUGGCCUCACACACCACAGAGCUCCACGUGCAGGACAAUCUUCUCACCUCGGUGUCUCCGGGCCUGUUUGACGGACUGGUUGGUCUGAAAAAGGUCUCACUGUCUGGGAACCCCUUCCACUGUGACUGCAGGAUCCAGUACCUGAGGAACUGGCUGCUGAAGAACAGAGCCGUCGUAUCCGAGCAGCCCACUUGUGCCAGUCCAAGCUCCGUGGCUCAGAAGGCCAUCGCUGACCUCACAGAUGAGUACUUCUCGUCCUGCGGCCGGCCGAGCUGCACCGGUGGGACCUUCAGCGCAGCGAUGGGAGCGAUGCUGUGCUGUGUCAUCGCUCUGCUGCUGUGGAGCUUGAGACUGGCCAGAUCGUCCACCUUCACUUUGUACAUAGGGGACAAGCACGUGGGGCUCGAGGCCGACUCUCUGCGCUCACUGAAGCCCAAACACAGAAGGCGGUUGCACACCACACUGCCAGGAGUCAGUGCGGACCUGACUUCUUUCAGUUGUACACAGGAACUAGCAAGGCCUCUUAUCAGCAUGGAGCUACUGCCACAAGUCCUGGAUGCGUUGCACAAGAAGCACAAAAUAAAGAUAAAGGCGACCUGAGCGACCUCUGUUUCUUCCAGGAAUUAGGUAUUUAAAAAAAACACUACAUGUGAUAGAGGUGAGGCCAGUAACAAGGCAGCACAGUGGAUUUAUUUAAUUUUGUUUAUUUUCAGCAGUAAACUUGUUUGGCUGCUAAACAUUACAGUGUAACUUGGGAAAGUGUAUUCUUAGUAUUUAACUAAUGUAGGCAUGAAAUGCACCACAUAAAUGUAUCAUCAAUAUUAUCUAUGAACUAUUUUGGCCUCUUAUUGUGUCGAGAGUGAAUGAGACCUAAGUCUUUAUCUUGGC